CGCUCGGUUGUGGAGCGUUUUGUUGUUCCGAGCUCGCUGAAAAAGGCGCGUGUCGGUUGUCUGAAUUGGACAAAACAUACAAACAGUUCGUAGCUCGUCAGGCGAAGGAAGUUGAAUCUCUGUUCAUUUUUCUUCCUGUUGUUCCUUUGCGAUUUGUUCUGAGCGCGGUGAGUGCGGCUCGUCCCAUCCUGCAGGCAGGUGAUAUGUAAAUCCUCGACACGAUUUUAUGUGAUGCCUUGGCAUUUUAUUAGUUUCCUUGAGUAGUCCUCGCUUGGCCAAACUCUAUGCUUCCAAUCGGCGGCUAAUUGUAGUGUUUGUGCUCCGUUGUCCUGAGUGCGGCACCGCGGCUUGGACCUCUGCAAAUCGCUGCUGCGAAGCGGUCCCGUCGCGAACUCAAUCUUCUGAUUUCCUGGGAGCAUUUGUUCCGACGGCCUCUUCAUUUUCUGCUUUCCGGAAUAAUUACUUUUAGUCGCUUACAUCCUGGUGCACUCCCACCCCCUCCGGGCAGUCUUAAGCGAUUUUAUGACUCACUGCUGGAGCGCGUCGGGGAACACCUUCACUACUUGUUGGAGGAGCGCGUGUUUUAUGGAUAUCGUUCGAUUAGCCAAACGAGAUUACGAUGUGAUUAGUGUUCUGUCAUAAAUUUGUACAUUUUGUGUUGUUUUGGGGGUCCUUUGCUGGCGCCCACGACGACGGCUCGACGCCACGUCCUGUCGCUUCUCACCCUUGACGAUGAUCAAUACGAGCCCCGAGUGACAAUGAAGGUCGUCGAAUCUCUUCAAGUGGUUACUUAUCUUUGAUUUGGUGGACGUGGAUAGUGGACGUGGACACAUGCGAGUGGGAGGGUGAGCGAGAAUACCCCCCUCAUCAUUCGGGCGUAAUUGAUUGUUGCUGUGACCGUGCAAGCGGUGUGUGGUAGGUUAAUGUGAAGUGUUCGUGUCACGUGCAAGUGGAAGCGUGAAUUUGACACCGAUGAGAGUGAUGAUGUGACUGCAAAGUGUUACAAAUUGCACCCGGAAGGCAAUGAGCUGGAUGGACUGCACUUCUGGGGGGAUGAUAGUUAUAUUAUGUUAUCUGAACUGAAAGAAUGAAUACUUUUGAAAGAAAAAUGCAUAAAGCGCAAACAUUAGAUAGAAUUUCCCAGAACUAUCAGUGCAAAUAGUUGAAAUAGUUGCCAAUCUGCAACCAAAUAGGAUACUUUCAAAAAUGUCCAGGUUUAGUUUACUUGUGAGGAACACUUUCAAGACAUACAUUAAUAAUUAAAACAAUUUAAUCAAAGAAGUAGAUAUUAAGUAAGAAAAUUAUAGCAAUAGAAAUAUUAUGACGCGGUUUAAAAUCAAAAUUACGAGAAAUCUAGUUUGUUAUCUAAUAUUAACAAUACUCUUAACACACAUAAUAAAAUGUAGUGAAUUUCCUGAAAGAGAAUGUUGUGACUUAACAACAACGACAACAGUAGGACCUAUUCCAAUUCCACCUGCCCUGCCAACAGUCAAGACAAUACCAACGUCUUCUUCACAAGCCAUUCCUACAGGAAGAUCAGGGUCAAAUAUAAAAACUGCGAUUGCGAUACUGAAUUGUAUUCUGGCCCGGCAACUAUGCUUUGAAGAUCCUUCCUGUUCAGCAAUUUUAGAAAUAAUACCACGUGUUUGUGGCCCAGUUCCUGUGGCAUGUAGUACAGUUACGGUAACAAAAUGUCAAGCGGCAUUGAGAACCCUUCAAGCGUUUCCCUUCUUCAGGCCGACCUGUCUCUGCAAGGAGCCCGGCGUCGAUCCCGACUGUAAUAAUUUUCGAGAUUUUCUUUUUGAUCAUCCGUGUGGCUUUGUUCUUAAGAAAGAAAAGGAUCCGUUUCCCGUGGAUGCUUUGCCAACGUGUAACCAUGCGCUCUCUGUAUGUCAACACGAGAAGGUGUGUAACAAGGUGUACGAGGAUUUCAAAGCACACUGUAAGGUACGGGACAACAAGUGCCGAAUGGAGGACAGGGAUGUAUGUCACGAGUCGUGGACCAAUUUGCGGAUGUCUCCAAUGUUUGGUUGCAUAUGCCCAAACAACCAUAUGAAAAGGCGAUGCGAUCGGAUAUUCAGUAUUGUUAAUCACAAUCCGUGCAUAGUCAGAAAAAUUGGAAUGGAUGAUAACUACCACCAAAGUGUUUUUGACGAGAGUAUGGAACUCAUACAAACUCCGCUCAUAGCUCCGUCUAGUACACAUUACUUGCAUCAUCAUAAGGUCGUUUCGUAUCCUUAUAAUAUAACCGCAUUUCAAGGAGGCAACUCACCAAAGGAUACCGUAAUAACUAACUACACUGACAAGAAAAGUGCCCAGGAUACAUCCGCGGACAGUUCAUCGGAGAUAAUCAAAUUGCAUUUCCAAAGCACAUGCCAUACAGCGUUGGACGCGUGUAGGGAGGACUCGUCGUGUUUGGCGUCCCUGCAACCGAUGCUGAUACAUUGUGAACUACACCGAUGCAAUCGCAAUGCAUGCAUGAGUGCGCUCCAGUCCUUUUACAAAGGACCCCAUGAAGAUCUCAGUUUGGAUAUUGCAUUUUGUUUAUGCAAGAAGACGUCUAACCGUCACGAUAUCUGCAUGUUGGCCCAGGAAAAACUGCAUCCUGCAUGCGCUCAAAGACCUCCUGACAGCAUAAAUCCGCAAAACUCCAACGGAAUAGUCUACCACCCGCCGCCAGCUUGUCACUCGGUGGCUGAUUUAUGCAAGGAAGAUCCCGACUGCAGAAUCAAGUUGGAGCGUUACGAGCAAGCCUGUGCCGUAGAUAGUGUAACUAAAAAAUGUGCAGGACGACCGAGCAGUUGUCGCUCAGCAAUGCUCGGCAUCCUGGGAACUCAAUUACGGAUGACUUGUGCCUGCCAUGGCACCGAAUUUCCACACCUAUACGAGUGUCUCGGUUGGCAGCGUCUCCUCUGGCUCAAUCCCUGUGUCGUGGAGGCUCAGAAGGAUUUUCACGUGAAACGAUUAGCGGAGCUGGGAUUGCUGACAACCACAAGUACAACUACUACGCGAUCCCCACCCAUUGUUGUUUUAACAACAAAUCGAAUUUCGCUGGGAAUCAAUGAACCGUUCAAUACGAAGCAUCACUCCUACACCCCGGUGGGAAAGACUGAAUUGCCAGUAGAAACGAAUUAUAUUGAAUCCCCGGACGUAUAUCCGGAGCAUUUCAGCGGCGAACAGAAUAAUAUCGAGGACGCUGGGAACAAUGCAAAUGAAGCGGCUUCUGAAGAGCAAUCCGUGACGGUGACAACGAGUUCUACAUUAGAAAUCGAAACUACAACAAUGACAACAACCACCACUACAACAACAAUGGCGACAACAACCACCACCGUUGCACCAAGGAAUUGUGUCGUCCAGCGGCCUCAUCAGUCGGACCAAUUGGUACCGGAAGGAAGUAGCCGUCGGAUCUACUCCUUGGACGAUGUUGAAUGCAGUGAGCUGUGUACCUGUGGUGAAUCGCUGACCCUCGCCUGCCACGCUCUGUGCGUUCCAUUCGCACCUUGCCGAACACCUCUGGCAUUCUACAAUCACGCUUCACCGGCUUAUCAGGCUUUCCGGGGACGAUGCCUCUGUUAUUCCGGUCGUUUCAUAUGCAUGCGGCCUCCGCCGGGAGAGUAUUUGCUGCCAGGAGGAGUAUUUUUGUUGCUCGGCUACAGCUCCACGGACGAAGCCCUGUUGCGGCCCCACACUAACCUAGGAGUACAGGACGCUGUGAGGGCGCUGCAAAACUACGUUCUAUCUGAAAUAGAUAACCAGACAUCAUGCACACUAACGCUAUUCAACAUGACGGAUGAAAAUAUCAUAAUAUCGGCGAGGCUUCCGCAUGACCCGAAAGUCAAAUCAAUUGAAAUGUUACGACGAGAAAAGGAGGAAUGCACGUCCAUCCUGGAAACUAUAAGUCACCACAUAAACUCAGAACAUAGCGAACUGCAAGCUCACCGACUCCUCAGCAUAUUCAAAAUGUCCGAAGUUCAGGUUGUUUGGCCUGAAACGAGUAGUGCAGUGUCCUUGUCGAUAGUGCCAGCAACUGUCGUAGAGUAUUUCUGGGUCACCCUCCCUACGAUGCUGACUACUGGGUGGACGGCGCGAGGCUUUUUUAUGAUAACAUGACAAUAAAUUAAACAGUUAUCCGUAGAUUCUAAAAGAUAUAAUCAUUAGAACGCAUCCAACUUAUUAAGAAAUCUAGAUUUAGUGUAGUUUCCAUUUCAGAAUUGGUUUUACCGAAAUAUUUCAUGGUAGAAUUCGAUCCUGUUCAUUGAAAGAUUUUUGGUUUCAUACAUGUGUAUCUAUGCAUUGGUGUAGCUAUUGGGAUAUGUAACGCGAAGUGUCGAAUUUAGUGAUACGCAUUGGAAUCCGCAAUCUGCUGGAAUUCCAACAAUCGUCCACCCCCUCCACUCCCGAACCUAUCCCGAAACUCUGCACUUAGUUCAUAAAUUAAAUUUCCGUUCAAAUAUUGAACUCAUCUAGGAAUCUUUUAUGGUUUUCUGUGUAACAUUUGUAAAUAAACAAACAAAUUGUAAUUCUACCCUAAAAUAUAGGUAUAAAGUUAGAAAUAAAGCAAUAAUAACGUUAGGGCAGUUUUGAUGAUAAUCGUUGUUAACAGUUUACAUAACGUAGCUACAUAUUCUGUACAAAGAAAGCAAAAUUAUUACAUUAAUAUUAAAUCUGGUGUGUAUGAGCCACUAUUGUUCUAGUGCAAUAUACAAACUACAAUAUAUAUAUAUACAUACAUGAAGCCCAGUUAUUCCACAGCUUUGUGUAUAAUACGGAAAUCCGUAUUUAUAUAAACUGAAAGUUGCAAAAAGAUAUCGUCUAAUGGCAGUUGAAAAUUGGGGGUAGCGAAGCAUUUUUAUGAAAAUAGCGAAUAGAUAUGUGUAAUCAAAGAUAAACAAACAAAAGGCAGCGCAAUCGGAGAGUAAUUGGCAAACAAUUUCCAUAUUUAACUAAAAGUUCUGUUUGAGUGAGCAGAAAAUAGAUACAAUCAAGUACAGGGUAAGGCUUGCAUUAUUUCCCGUCUUAUUAGAUACGAAUCCUGUGAAGCAUGCAGUCAUUGAACAAGGUAGGUUGCACUAUUUUGAAAUUUGUUUGUAUCUCAAUCAAAGGUUUUAAUUUUUUCAACAUCUUAAAACUAAGAAUAACUAUUAUCUGGAAAUUUUGAAGCCAGAAUCCAACGACCAGAUCUUCCAUUUUGUUUUUGCGUUUGUUUUUGUUGGCUUUCUUUCUCAGCUUGUCCCUCGAACAAUUAUCAUUAUUAUUCUGUUAGGGGAAGUCUCACCGCGUCCUUAAAGAACUAUAGGUUUUGAUUAUAGUGUACCUAUUAAUCAUAGUACCACAAGCAAAUCUAUGACCGUUAAGAAUUUGAGCAUAAUCCCUACUUCCAAAUCGUUCAGCUUCCCAUCUGGUAUUAAGUGUUCUCCCAGAUGCCUCGACCUACUUUGCACACUUACCAGACACUGUCCCAGAACGUGUAUAGAGGUUUCAUCGCACUCCGCACAGGAGACGCAGGCAGUGUCCGUAGAUAUCCCUAGCUUGUCUAGGUGAUUGUUUAGUCAACAGUGACGCGUGAGAAUUCCAACUAUGAUUCAGAGGUUAUUUUUGGUGAGAUUUAAGGAAUCCUUUGUGCCUUUGGACUCGUAUCCCACAAUAAGCACCCUGGACUGCUCCAUUGCUGUUAGACCCACCCAGUAUAGGUCCCUCCCUACAUUUAAGAAUUAUCCAAGCUCUUGGUUUUUCACAAGAGGAAUCUCCAAUUACCUUCACACUUCCUCCUUGCAAACCGCGAAUCUACCCCGGCACACCCAUGGCUCUUGAGUCAACCCUUUUCCAAUGUUCUCCUUGGAACCUGCCCUUGUAAUUAGCUCACAUGCAGCUUUCGCAUGGUGGAAUUUUAUCUGGGCUAUUUUAGUGUUGGCCAUUGGCUCUUCUCCACUAAUAUCACCUUCCGCCUCCGACAUGACGCUUUCCUGCGCGUCGCUGUCCAACGUAAAGCCUAGAAGAUCCUAAGUUUAUAUCAUUCGGCGGUAAAUUUUCCAUCCGAUGUCUUCGCUAAAGCGUCUUUCCUUGGCUUUUCCCUGCGCGCAUGCACAGGUAUAAUGCCAAAUCUAUAGUUGAUAUAGUAACUCUGAUUUUUAAUUGCCUCCAGGGAAUGGUCAUCCAACCCGAUCGUGAGGAGUCUACCCUUGCUCUCCACCUUGCUUCUGAAGGUUCUCCAUAAUCACCCUCAUCCUUAUUCUGAGCGAUUAGUAGGCCCUUGAGAUCUUCCAUCUCUAUUGCUACGGUUUAGGAAUCAAUUAAUAUCACCAUGUGUGCUCCUUGUAUAUUAUCACAUGUCAGCACAUGUCAACAGUUCUGCUCCUUCCCUGCCUGUCAAUUUAAAGAGUCUAGUUCUAAGUCAUUCCGCAGUACACAUUGGUAUGUGAAAAAGUAUCCCGGUGAACCUUCGCAGCCCAUCCCUUGCACAUUUGUCUGACAACAAAGUCUUCGAUAGUUUCCUGUCCCUCACGAGUGAGUAUUUGCCCGGGAAAUACUUUUGGCAGUCGAAUGCCCUUGACGAUUCCGUAG